GGACGGUUGAGCCGGUAGCGCGCGCCAUGGCGGCAGCCUGGCAGCGCCCGUACCUGAACGUCUUCAAGCAUUUCCGUGUGGAGGAGUGGAAGCGCUCUGCCAGGGACGGGGACGUGGCCGCCCUCACGGACAAGAGGCUGAAGGGAACUGUCUACCGGAUCCGGGGCUCCGUCCCCGCCAGCAGCUACCUGCAGCUGCCUCGGACAGAGACCCAGUCGCUGGGGCUGGUGGGACGGUACCUCUACCUGCUCUUCAGGCCCAUGCCUGGCAAGCACUUCCUUGUCCACCUGGAUGUCGUUACCGAGGAAAACCAGGUGGUUCGCAUCUCCUUUUCCAGCCUCUUUAAGGAGUUCAAGUCCACGGCCACCUGGCUUCAGUUCCCCUUCCUCUAUGGAGCAGCCAAUGGCUCAGCGUGCCACCACGCUCCUGGGACAUCCAGAUGUAGUCCAGCAGGAGCAGCCCCUGUGGACACUCGCUGGACCUGCCUGGUGCUCGACCUCCCCUCCAUCCUCUCCCUCUACCUCAGCCGCCGGUACAGCCACCUGAAGGGUGUCAAGCUCUGCUCCAGCCUCCUGGUGAAGAACCUCUGCACCAGUGACCUGCUCUUUGAGCCAGGUGUGACCUUCUCCAAGGCCCAGCAAGCUGACCUGGCCUGCCACGGGCUCUCUCCCAUGCCGCGGGAAAUGGCUUUCCCUGUGCCAAAGGGACAGAAGUGGCAUGACCUCUAUGACUACAUCAGGUUCCCAGCUGAGGGAUCCAAGCUGCCAUAUGACUCCAUCCAGAAGAGCUGUCCACGUGGGAAUGCUGGGAACAGCAGUCCAGACUCCAGGAGGACAUCUUGGGUUUCCAAAAGAGCCCAACUCUCUUCUUGUGUCACCCAAGGUGGCCACAUCUUAGAGGACCCUGACCACCAGCCUGUGACACUCAGCAAAGCCGUCCAUGACCAAUUGUCCCUUGUCCACCAGAUAACCAGUCCCAAAGCUAAGCCACGCCGGUGUCCUGUGAUUCCAAAAAGCAUCCCAAAGGUUCAGCUGACAGCCCCAGGGCCCCGUGGAGCCAUGUCUGCUGCAGGCCAGGAGCUGGAGAAGAACCAGAGUCCACACAGUGCUGGGGACGCAGGGCAGCCAGUGGCUGCCAAUGACAGUGGCAUGCAGGUGUACGGUCACCAAAGGAGCAAAAGGACCAUCCACAGAAAUUUGGGGGAGAGGCUCUUCCCAGACCCCAUCCUGAAGCUGCGGAUGAUUAUUGGCUUUGGAGGCUGCAGCACCAAAUGGGCACUGUGGACUCGGGACAGCUCUGAAGUGGUCUACCCCUGCCACGCUGUCAUAGUGUCCCUGCAGAUCCAGACUGGAGAGCAGAGGUUCUUCAUGGGACACACAGAGAAGGUGUCAGCACUGGCCUUCAAUGGCAGCAGCACCUUGCUGGCCUCAGCACAGACUGGUCCCCUUGGCGUGGUGAGGCUCUGGGACUUCCCAACAGGCAGCUGCCUCUCAGUCUUUAAAGCCCACGUCCACUCCCUCUCAUGCCUGAGCUUUUCCUACAGUGGAGCUGUGCUGUGCAGCGUCGGGAAGGACGGGCAGGGAAAAACGGUGGUGGUGGUGUGGAACGCUGCUCAGGUGACCCGUGGUGGAGAGGUGGCCAUGCUGGCUAAAGCACACACUGAUGUGGACAUCCAGACCUUGAAGAUUGCUUUUUUUGAUGAUACCAGGAUGGUGUCGUGUGGCCAGGACAACAUCAGGCUGUGGCGAGUGCGGAGCGGGGCACUGCGCUGCUGUCCCCUCAGCCUGGGCGAGUACCAUUCCCUGGAAUUCACUGACCUGACCUUCCAGGAGGGACACGUGGCCCAGCGGGAGCCGGAGGACCGCACGCUCUUUGUCUGCAGCAAGAGUGGCCACGUCCUGGAGGUGGACUACAAGAACAUCUGCGUGAGGAGCGCCCGGAGGCUCCUACCUGCACCAAGGGCAGGCAGCAGCACAGGCCCUGGGAUUGCUAUCAACAGCAUUAGUGUCUCCUCAACCUUCUGUGCCACGGGGUCAGAAGAUGGGUACCUGCGGCUGUGGCCACUGGAUUUCUCAGCUGUUGUCUUAGAGGCAGAGCAUGAGGCUCCAGUGAGUUCUGUCUGCAUCAGCCCUGACAGCUGCAAAGUCUUGUGCACGACAGCUGCUGGUAACCUGGGCUACCUGGACAUCCAGUCCCAGGGCUACCACACCCUCAUGCGUUCUCACGAGGACUCUGUUGUGGCCUGCUCGGUGGAGGGGACUUGGAAGCAGAUGGCAACAGUGUCUCAGGAUGGUACCAUCCGAGUCUGGGACCUGGUGUCCAUGCAGCAGCUGUACGACUUCACAGCUGCAGAGGAGAUGCCGUGUGCUGUGGCCUUCCACCCCACCCAGCAGAUCCUGGCCUGUGGCUUUGACAGUGGGAUGGUGAGGACCUUCAGUCUGGCUGCCUCCGACCUGCUGCUGGAGCACAAGCAGCACCGUGCUGUGGUCACUGGCCUGACCUUCUCUCCCGAUGGCAAUUUCAUGUUCAGCUCCUGUUUGCAGGGAACUCUGGCUCUUUACAGCUGCAUGCCACAGAAAAGCCACGUCCUGAGAGUCCUGGGCAACGUGGUGGCCCGGGAUGCUGAGAGUGGUCCAAAUGCUUUGGUGGUCAGUGGGGACAGUCGUCUCUUGGCUUUUGUGGGCCCUUCCAAGUAUGUUGUGACUGUGAUGGAGGCCUGCUCUCUUGAUGAGCUGCUGAGGGUGGACAUCAGCAUCCUGGAUUUGAACAGCACGGCCUUGGACUCUGCUGGAAGAAUUUGCUUUGCUCCAGUGCCUCAACACGAGCUCCUGGUCUCCACAUCUUCCAAUAAAAUCCUGGUGCUUGAUGUGAAAACGGGACGGCUGGUGCGAGAGGUGUCCCCUGUGCACAAGCUGUGCUGUUCUUCCUUGGUGCUGAGCAGGGAUGGCAGGUACCUGCUCACUGCUGGUGACAAGGUCAUCAAAGUGUGGGACUACCAGAUGCUCUUUGAUACCAACUUCCAGGUGUACAUCGGGCACUCGGAGCCAGUGCACCAGGUGGCCUUCACCCCAGACCAGCAGCACGUCCUCAGCAUUGGAGAUGCCAUCUUCCUCUGGGAUUUUCUGGCCCUGCCUGCAGAGAGGUCACCCCCAGCUGGGCCUCGUUCCUCUGAGUCUGCUCUGCUGCAGGGGGCUGAAGGCAGCUCUGAGAAGCUGAAGGAUGCCUCUGAGACACCUCGGCAGACAGCCCCUCUUCCACUGCUGUCCUCACCACCAUGUUUGCAUGGCAGCUCUGCCCACCAAGCAGGAUGUCCAAGUAUUUUCUCUGAGUCAGAGGAGGAAGCAGUUGUUGCAGGCAGCAGCGAGAUGGUGGCCAAUGGAGACAGAGAUGCCUCAGUCCUUGUGAUGGAGUCAGCGAGGAACAAGGAGCCUGUAGUGAGGCCCAGAGUGAGGCAGGAGAGCUCGAGGUCUCAUGGAGAUUUAGCAAACGAGCCCAAAAGAGAGCCUGAAAAUCCCAUGUCCCAGUGCUCUGUCCGCCCAGAUUCCUACCGCCACUUCACUCCUCGCUUCAAGGCCUCCAUGCUCCCCCAGAGUUUUUCUUCUCCUCCAGCUGGCAGGGAGGUCUUGAAGUUGAAAGCAGUGAUCGGCUACAAUGGGAAUGGCAGAGGGAAUAUGGUGUGGGACCCAGACACAGGCUUCUUUGCCUACACCUGUGGCUGCCUCAUCGUGGUGGAGGACCUGCACUCAGGAUCACAGAACCACUGGCUCGGCCACGUAGAGGAGAUCUCUACCCUUGCUGUCAGCCACGACGCCCAGGUUCUUGCCUCUGCCUCAGGAAGGAGGAAUGGAGAUCCCCACUGUCAGAUCUGCAUCUGGAGCAUCCAGGAUGGGGUUUGCACAGCAAAUCUGUUCCAUCAUGAGACCCAAGUACAAGCCAUGGCAUUCUCCCGGGAUGACAGGUUCCUCAUUACCCUGGGGGACUACAGCGACCGAACCUUCGCUCUGUGGAACACCUACACUUACCAACUCUUGGUGUCAACGUGUAUCUCAGAACCAGUCCAUGAGGUGGCUUUCAGUCCUCUCUCUCACCGAGAGCUGGCCUGUGUGGGGAAGGGAGUUGUGAUGUUCUGGCUGUUGGAGCAGCAGGGAGCUGAUGUCAACCUCAAGGUCCAUCAGGCCCCUGCCCCGGACGUGUUGGGGCCAGUGGAGAUGACCUCACUCUGCUAUGGUGCUGAGGCUCUUCUCUAUAGUGGGACCAACUCAGGGCAGAUCUGCGUGUGGGACACUGAGACCAAUUGCUGUUUCAUGACCUGGGAGGCCGACGAGGGGGAGAUUGGUGUGCUGGUGUGUCGUGGGGACAGGCUGGUGAGUGGCAGCAACACCAAACGCCUCCGGCUCUGGGCAGUGGCAGCCGUGCAGGAGCUGAGGCUGAAAGGUCCCAAUGCCAGGUCCAGCUCAGUCCUGCUGGAACAUGAGAUCACCCUGGAUGGGACGAUUGUCAGCGCAGCCUUUGAUGAGUACCUGGAGAUGGGGAUCGUGGGCACCACAGCAGGGACACUGUGGUACAUCAACUGGAUGGAGAGCACAAGCAUCCGGCUGAUCAGUGGCCACAAGAACAAGGUGACUGAAGUGUGUUUCAGUCCUGAAGAGACCCACUGUGCCACGUGUGGGGAAGAUGGCAGCGUGAGGAUCUGGUCUCUGGGCAGUGUGGAGCUGGUGGUGCAGUUCCAAGUGCUCAACCAGAGCUGCCAGUGCCUGGCCUGGAAGCCUCAUCCCAUCGUUCCCUGGGGAGCUGAGAGCCAGCAAGUAGUGGCUGGGUACAGUGAUGGCACCAUCCGUGUGUUCAGCAUUUCCAGGACAGAGAUGGAGCUGAAGAUGCACCCCCACUCUGUGGCACUGACAGCCAUUGCCUAUUCCACAGAUGGUGAGAAGUUGCCUUGAGGAGCAUGGGGUGGUGGUGCCUGAAUGGUGGUGGCUGUCAGCAGCCCUCGCACUGGAAUGACUCUCCGUGUCCUUGCUGACCACAGAGGCUCCACAAUCACUGUUCUCCAGUGCACCAGGAAGCAGUACCACGAGCUGGGGCUGGAGGGAGGUGAGCUCUGGCUUGCCACCAGUGCCGACCGGCGGGUCAGCAUCUGGGCCUCCGACUGGCUGAAGGACAAGUGUCAGCUCCUGGACUGGCUCAGCUUCCCAGCUCCUGCCUGCCCUGAGGGUCUCAGCAGCCUCCCACCCAGCCUGGCCACCUUUUGCCCUUGGGAACCUGGGACUCUGCUCUACGUUGGCUUCGGUGUGCAGCAGGAAGCUUUGUUUUACAGUCUGCACCAGAAACAGGUAGUUCAGAAGAUCUCCCUGCCGUUCUUCGCCGCCUCACUCAGCCUGUCUCCUGCAGGACCCUUCCUGGCUGUUGGCUUUGGUGCCCAGGUGGGGAAGACAUCGCUGAUCAUGGCUCUGGUGGGCGAGGAGUUCCCUGAAGAGGUGCCUCCUCGGGCAGAGGAGAUCACAAUCCCAGCAGAUGUCACCCCUGAGAAGGUCCCCACACACAUAGUGGACUACUCAGAGUCGGAGCAGACAGAGGAUGAGCUGCAGGAGGAGAUCUCAAAGGCCAACGUGGUGUGUGUGGUAUAUGAUGUUACCAAGGAGGCCACCAUUGAGAAGAUUCGAACAAAGUGGAUUCCCAUGGUGAAUGGGGGAGUUGAAAAGGGCUCCAGGUACUGAUCCCCAUUAUUUUUAGUGGGAAACAAGUCCGACCUGCAGGUGGGGAGCUCCAUGGAGGUCAUCCUGCCCAUCAUGAAGUUCUCAGAGAUCGAGACCUGUGUGGAGUGCUCUGCCAAGAACCUCAAGAACAUCUCAGAGCUCUUCUACUACGCCCAGAAAGCUGUGCUGCACCCCACUGCCCCCCUCUAUGACCCAGAGGAGAAGCAGCUGAAACCUGCGUGUGCACGGGCACUGACCCGGAUUUUCAACCUCUCAGACCAGGAUAACAACCAGAUUCUCAGCGAUGAUGAACUCAACUACUUCCAGAAGUCCUGCUUUGGAAACCCAUUGGCUCCCCAGGCACUGGAGGAUGUGAAGAUGGUUGUGUGGAAGAACACCACAGAUGGGGUGCAGGACAAUGGCCUGACCUUGAAUGGUUUCCUCUUCCUCAACACCCUCUUCAUCCAGCGGGGUCGCCAUGAGACCACCUGGACCAUCCUGCGCCGCUUCGGCUACGACGAUGAGCUGGAGCUGACAGAUGACUAUCUGUACCCUCCGUUCCGCCUGCCCCCUGGCUGCUCCACAGAGCUCAACCACUUGGGCUACCAGUUCCUGCAGAGGCUCUUUGAGAAGCACGACAAGGACCAGGAUGGAGCCCUGUCCCCUGCAGAGCUGCAGAACUUCUUCAGUGUCUUCCCCCGUGUGCCCUGGGGCCCUGAACUCUACAGCACGGUACACACCACUGACACGGGGCUGCUCCCCCUCCAUGGAUUCCUCUGCCAGUGGACGCUGGUAGCUUACCUGGACGUGCAGCACUGCCUGGAGUGCCUGGGCUACUUGGGCUACCCCAUCCUCUCGGAGCAGGACUCCCAGACACAAGCCCUGACGGUCACCCGGGAGAAAAGGAUCGACCUGGAGAAAGGACAGACACAGAGAAAUGUUUUCCUCUGCAAGGUGCUGGGAGCCCGGGGUGCAGGCAAGUCUGCCUUCCUGCAGGCUUUCCUCGGCAGGAGCCUGGCGGUGCAGAAGGAGAACCCGGGGGUGCCCUCCCUCUACACCAUCAACACCGUGCAGGUCAAUGGCCAGGAGAAGUACCUGAUACUCUACGAGGUCAGUGCUGACACCAAGUUCCUGAAGCCAUCAGAUGCAGCCUGCGAUGUCGCCUGCUUCAUCUACGACCCCAGUGACCCCAGGUCCUUCAGCUACUCUGCCAGUAUUUACAAGCAGCACUACAUGGACAGCCAGAUACCCUGUGUCUUCGUGGCCUCCAAGGCAGACCUGCCAGAAGCCAGCCAGCAGCCCGGGCUGUCCCCUGCUGAGUUCUGCUACAAGCACUGUCUCCCACCACCCUUCCCCUUCUCCUGCCAUGGUCAGAGCCCACCCAGCACUGCUGUCUACACCAAGCUGGCCACUGCUGCCACCUUCCCGCACCUGAAUGCCGUGGAGCUGGGGGCUGCUUCCUUCUGGCUGCGGGUGGCCCUGGGGACAGCGGUGGCCGCGCUGGUGGGGGUCACACUGUACCGAGUGCUGGUCAAGAACAAAUGAGAGGCAGUGUCCCCACCCCUGUCCUCCUGGUGACACCAGCCACCCCCCCCAGCAGUGAGGGGCCCUGCCUCCAGCUGCUCCCUGCUGGGGAAAUCCUCCUUUUCCCCCCAAGCCUGGCCCACAGGACCUGUGAAAAUGACUCCUCAGCACCAGCAGGAUGGAUCCCCCAGCACCAGGUGGCUCCUGCCCAGCAAGGAGGGGGUGGACAGGCAGCUCUGCCUCACCAGCAGCUGGAGGAUCACCCCCCGACUUUUAUUCUGUUAAUUUUUGUCUUUUUAACGUUGAUAUUUUAUUUUUUUUUAAGCUUCAACGUGUUUCAGUAUUGGGUCAGGUACAUUUUCCCUGGGGGCUGUGCUGGUGCCUCCCAGUUUGGGGAGGGAGGGAGCCAAUGCUCCCAGAAUCCUUGGGGCCUCAUGGCUUUACCCUCCUGGGGCACAGAUCCAUCCCCAGUGAGGGGCUGGGUGUUUAAACCCCUCAAACCCCCACGUUUUGGGGUCACUCCUGGAUGGAGUGAUGAGCAGGCAACAAAGGGGGAAAGAGUUACCCAGGACCUGUCCCAGGCCCUUUUAUUCUCUGAUUUCUGCACAAAACCACUCCGAGUCCUGCCUGCAGCAUGCCGGGCUCUGGGGACAGCUGCCCCCUCCCCUGCCCACCAGUGUCCUGGCCACCAGCCCUCGUGGCCACCAGUAUUCCCAGGGCCAUGGGGGAGCACAGCCCUUUUUCGGCAGUGCCAGCACUAAGCUGCUGUCCCACCGUGCCAUACGGCCCUUGUCCUGCUGUCCCCUCAGCAGGGCCCUGGCCAAGCCCAGGCUGUCCCCGAGUGUCAGGCUCUGGGCAUCACAUCUCCUGGUAAGACUGGAAGCUCUUUCCUGUCUCCCCGUCUGGAUCCAGGGCAGGAGUCCCACAGUGUCCCCAUGUCCCCAAGAGUGUGCCCAGACUGCCUUAGGGUCCAGAUCAUCUCCUGGUGGGUCAGUGCCACCAGCUCUGGGCUUUUCAAGCACCCUCAGAGUGAGUUUCUGGUGGGGCAGCACCGAGGGAGCUGCUUUUUUUCUCCCUUUUGUCUAUUUAAACUGAAACUGUUUCUCAUGGCCUGGGGAUGGGGACAGGGGGUGAGAAGUCACUGCAUGGGGACAGCCAGCCUCUCAUGGGGACAGUCCCAGGCUGGUGGCCCUGGACAGGGAAUCUGGGGUCUCAGCCUGUGCCAGAGCCACUUUGGGCUCCUUUUGCUGGCCAGUGGCUCGUGGCACUGCCAGGACCGUGUCCCCUGUGUUCCCUUGUCCCCUCCGGGUGCCCGAGCCCCCACGCAGGUGGGCUGACCCCCUCCUCCUGUCCUGGCCCUCCCCUUUUAGGAGGUUUCUUCUCAACAUGACAAUAAAAUUUUUACACACCUUU